AUACACAAGUAGACUUGAUUAUAGCUUGCUGGCUACUUUGAUAAUAACUAUCUAGUUCACUUCAGCUGCGACCGCGUAGUUCCGAGAUGGCGCAGCAGGACGCUCCGCAGCAACUGGAACAGCCAGACCAACAACAGAUUAAUGAACAACUACAGCAACUGGCGCAGCAGUUGGCGCAGGUGCAGGCGCAGAUUGCUCAGUUCGGGGCGCAGCAGCAGGCGCAGAAUGCUCAGCUCGUGGCGCAGAGUGCUCAGCUCGAGGCUCAGCUCGAGGCGCAGCAGCAGGCGCAGAAUGCUCAGCUCGAGGCGCAGAAUGCUCAGCUCGAGGCGCAGAAUGCGCGAAUCGAGGAGCUGGGCAAGCAACGCGACCCCUUUACCGUCCUGUUCGAACUGGGCCGCGGCAUCGUUGCUGCCGUGGCGCACAGCCUGGCGUCAGAGCCCACCGCUCACAAGAAGACGGCUUAGCCAGGACUGCCUCUCCGUGGAGACAGUGGGACCAAGGCUGGAGCGGUCCUGAUGGCGCAUCGGCCGUUUCCGAACAUCUUUUUGUCUCCGCUCUACUACAAAUUCACCAGCCACGCAGAAGCAUGCCUGCUAUGACUGACAGCAGGGUGCCCGGGCCCGCAACGCGCAGCGCUCCGCGACUCCCCCGCAGCAAGCACCACGCGCGUGGUGCCGGUCUACGGGGGAGUCGCGGAGCGCUGCCCGUUGCGGGUUCGGGCACCUUGCUGUCAGUGUCAGUCAUAGCAGGCAUGCUUCUGCGUGGCUGGUGAAUUUGUAGUAGUGCGGAGACAUAAUGGCCUGCGUUUUCAUUCGACCUGCUUAUUGACCAACAGGCACCAGCAUUUACUGCGGUAAGCUCUCGCACCUGCAACAAUGGCAAACAAAGUGCGGUCGGGCGCCACUUAGUUUUCGGUAGAAGCAAGGAUGCAUUGUCGACUUCUGCCUGAGCGUUUCAUUCUGAACUGCAAGUAUUGCACCAUGGAUGCCAUCAUGGUUUGUAUCAUAUGAACCAGCCAGAGAGUGCCAGGUUUGUGUCAAGCAGGUUUGCACGUCUACUGGUGUCAAGUACUCGUCGGUACGCAGUGCGGGCACGGUCACUUCACGGCCGGCUAAUGAACUUGCGAAUUGGGUGUGCUGCUCUCCGGCUUGGCGGCCUAUCGGCGGGUGGAGAGGCGAGCUAGCCAGCUGGGUGCAGGAGCAGCGGCAACCAGGGGAGCGGUGUGUGCAACUCGGCCUGGAUCCUCUGGCGGCAACGGUGGUGCUCCAUGGAUUCGUUGUAAGCCCGAUCGAUG